AAUCAUUGCAUAUAAAAUAAAAGUUUCGCGUGCUUGGUGAUGGGUCUCCCGGGCCUAGCGUUCUCCCGAACCGCGCGAGUUAUUCGAAUCCAGUCGCUUUGUCGUGAUGUACUUCGUGUUGUUUUUUCCUGGGUGCUUAAUGUUGUGCGGAAAGUUGCGUUGGGUUUUUUCCUCCAUUCAGGACUGUGAUGGUGGAUGGAUGGAUGGAUGGAUGGAUGGAUGGAUAGAUAGAUAGAUGGAUGGAUGUGCGUUUUCGUCCUCACUUGCACUGGAGAUGGAAGUAAACAUUAUUUCAGUCGCUAGCCAUGCGCACUGAGGGCCUUGGGAAAGCACGAAUGAAACGAAUAACCCUUGCUAUGCCUGUGUCCUUUUAUUCGGCUUCUCUUUCGAAGCUCCCAUACAUUUUAUAUCCACGAUAACGACCGGACACGAAUUAAACGCUUCCGUUUUCUGGAAGAUUCCCGAUGUAUCCGCGACUGAAGCGAAACCGCUCGUGCGUUUGUUCUGCUUCGGAGUUGUUACAAUGUUUUUAGCACUGGAGCUACAAGCUAACCACAUCAUCAAUAGUGUGCCGGCCAACUGAACUUGCUACACCGUGUGUCCUUUGUUUAAAAAACUGACCCGGGUUUGAAUAUGAGACCUGCUGGGUUUGAAGAAACUUCUGUCAGAGGACGUAGUUGAAUCUAGUGCCUCGAGAGCCAAUACACCUACAGUCCAGUCAUGGCACAGAGUGAAGAGCCCCAUCAGAUUGCCCCCUAAUAUGUUAGAUCGUGCCACAUUGUAAUGAGAUGUUCAAAAAAUUAUCAGCGAAGUAAAAGGGAGCUCCUUAGUGAUCCUGCACAUGCUGAAUGGCUUACCGGAGCGCAGUGGCCGGGAUCUCGUUCUCACCUCGCCUGAAGCAUGGAAGCAUGGCAGGAGAAGCGGGGUGUGCAUACUAUGAAUCUGCGGUCUGUGUUCACUGCCGAACAGCAACGUAUACUUGAGCGUUACUAUGAAAAUGGGAUGAUCAAUCAAAGCAAAAGCUGCUUCCAGCUCAUUCUUCAGUGUGCUCAGGAGACCAAGCUUGACUUCAGCGUGGUCCGGACGUGGGUAGGCAACAAGAGACGAAAGCUGGCUUCCAAAGCCGAUAAGAAUGGCGUGGUGGGCUUGUCUAACCAUGCCGUUGUCAGUGCUGGAGGAACUCUUGGCCCGGUAUUAAUGACAGAUAUGGCUGCUGUACGUAGUGUUCAGCGUGGGCCGUCUACAGUUCACCUCCUUUCUCGCCAAGCUUCUGGCCCUUCAUUUUCCUCAUCCUCGUCGUCCUCCUCCUCCUCCUCCUCCUCUCCGUGCACUAAUGGAUCCAAAAACAACAAUGAUGUAAUAGUGACUGGUGCCUACUCUCUCCCACACAUUGUCAACCGCUUAGAGUCUUCAUCACAGAGCAGGGCAGCUGCAAAGGUAGUACCGUUAAAUCCGAACACUGAAACAAAUCUGCAUUCUAGGCUUGCCUUGCACCCGGAUGUGGUGUCCCUCCAACGCAAAUCUCCUCACAUCCCCAACUCCAACACCUUCAUGUUUAGUCACAUGAGAAGGAUGCCUCGAGACCUGGCAUCAGUUGCCCCCAGCUGGGUGAAGCAAUGUGGUGCCCCACAACACCAGCAAUGGGCCCCAACUUCACCCCAACAAACGGUGACGAACCUACACCGGACGCCCCCAGCAAGUACUUCAGAAAGCGGGGUCAGGAUCCAGCAGGUGUUCACCAUCGCCGGGUUAGCGGAGGCCUCACAACGGCCUUCCAGUGAAACAAGUCAAGAUCACAGGAUAGGAAAAACACGUGUGCCUGAUUCCUCGGAAACGUUUUCGAUCGCCAUGGAAACGGGCGAUGCAGACGACGAGUAUUCGCGGGAAGAAGAGUUGGCGAACAUGGGCGCCCAGAUGCAGCUCGGCAGGUCCGCAAGUAGCAACGUUAGUGCACUGGAGCACAGUAGGAUCUCAACAGAAGAGCCUUCAACACUUAAUAGCCAGGGUAUGUACACUGUGACGGCAAGGAACCUGCUCGAGGUGGCGCACACUUCCCCCAAUUCUGUGCAUUUUGGAGAAAAAGGGUGCCAAACCAACAGUGCUCUGCUGGUUGAUUCAGGCUCCAGUGGCAGUUAUCCAAUAAGACACUUCUCAGAGUCCUCUCCAUCAAGAAUGCCCAAUCUCAAGGUAAGUAUCAUGUCAUCUCCCUGGCUUCUUAGCAACUCCCGUAAAAGAACACUCCAGGACAGGACCCAGUUUAGUGACGACGAUCUGUACACACUAAAGAGGUACUGGGACAACGGCAUGACCAGUCUGGGCUCUGUGUGCAGAGAGAAGAUUGCAGCAGCCGCCACUAAGCUCAGCGUGGACAGUGAAAUUAUUAAGACAUGGAUCGGUAAUCGUAGGAGGAAGUAUCGACUGAUGGGCAUUGAUAUUCCACCUCCCAAAGGUGGGCCAGCGACCUUUCCUAAAGUAUCCAAUGCAGAGCUCCAGUCACCUUUGACCCCUGAGGGAGACAAGCCCAAGUCUGUUGAGCCAGCACUGGACAGCGAGCAGAAUGAUGCACUGUCGCUUUGUUUAUCCGAAGAUGGAGUGAGUGACUCUUAUCUGAGGGAGAACGAGGAUGGAAAUGAUGGACUGAAUAGUUCUACCGUUGCUGAAAAUGUGAAGAUUGAAAUAGUUGAUGAAGGUGAUGAUGACGAAGAUGACAGUGAUGUGAUGGCCACUGAUAUGGAACACAUGCAUAAUCUUUUAGAGUACAAACACGAGGAAGUCCAGUACCUUGAGAGUGAGCUCGAGAGACAAAAACAGAAGUACCUUGAGCUGAGGACCUUCACUAAAAGCCUACUCUCAGCGUUGAAGAGCAGCGACACUGAAAAACAGCAUGAGCUUUUAGCCAGCCUACCUCACCAAGUGGAAGAAGACUUUGUGUUGAGUCCAGAAAGGAAUGCUGAGUCUAGCAUGGAGAUGAACUCCAGUCAGAAGGAUUCCUCUGUAUCAGAGGGGGAGGGGGACGCCGAGCCCAUGGGACAGUAGUCCAUCCUCUCCUGUAUACACACACACACACACACACACACACACUCACUACCUGUACACCGUGCCUGUGUAACAAGAACUAACAGACCCACUGCAGCCUUUUUUUUUGCUGCGUAUCAGAUUGGAUAAAUCCAGUCCUUCAUCAAUAAACUUCUUCUCUAAAUUGA